AUGAGUGAAGAACCAGUCUUAGCUCAGCCAUACCAAAUCCAGUAUGGAGCAAUCACUCUCAAUGUUGAUCCUACUGUUGUUGAAAAAUUCUCUGGCAAGUUCAAGCAGCUCUGGCACGAAAAUCCAGAAAAACUUGUAAUCGAAGAACUCAAGUACGAUCCACGUGUAUUUCUUACAUUCAUGUCAGCUGCUCAGGGUUUAGGCUAUGCAUGCCAGCCGUAUUUAAGACAAGGCGUUCUUGAAAUGGCAGAAAAAUGGGAAGCACCAAAGAUCGCCGAAAAGGCUCGUGAAUCAAUUGAAAACGAGCCACAUAUCGAUCCAAUUCAAGCAGUUACAGAUUUGAUUGAUGCCGUACAGAACAAAGAAGAUGAUAAUGAUCCACUUGAUGAAAUCGAAGCAAUUGGACAUAUUCUUGUCGAGGCACUCGAGGAUGAUCGUAUGCUUGAUUUACCAAUGUAUAUCAUCUAUCGUUGCAUUGAUGCAGCUGAAGCUCUUGGUUUUGAUCCAAAGGACCUCAAACCAUUCGCUUUUAAGAUCUUCAACCGCAACCCAGCUCAGGCUGUUCCUCUCAUCCUUCGUAUUGACUUUGAUACUCUUACAGACGCUGAAUACAGCCAGCUCUUCACAAAGCCAGAAAUUCAUGAGCAGAACAUCAACUUCUUCGCUUCUGCUUCCAUGAGCUCUAUCAGCAAGAACGCUACAAGCAAUAUCAAGCUUAUCCGCGAAUCAUUCAAGCGCUCUACACAGAACUCAGCUACAGCCAUCGAGUCUGGCAAAUUAAACCCAGGCAAGGACACAAAGUCCAACUUCAAGUCCGAGAUCAAUCUUAAACGUAAAUACGACCUUGAUCGCGCCCGUUCUACACUCAAGGAGCAGCAAGAUACAAUUGAUGAUCUCCUUAGUGUUCUCGAAUGGCAGCAGAAGGCUCUCAUCCAAGCCGUCAAAAGAGCUCAUGCAGCUCCAUCCAACGAGGAACUUCUCAAGACAGCACAGCAGAACUUGACAAGGACACUCGAAGAAGGCAAGAUGAAGGCUUACUCCAUGAUCCAGGACGACGAAGCCUCAGAACGCGAUGUUCUUAACGAUAUGCUCGCCGAAGCAAAGGAAAAGCUCGACCAGUGCAUGAACGAAUUACCACCAUUACCAGCAGGUACCAAAGAACGCAUCGAUAACUACAGAAAGGAGUUUGAUGAGACAGAAUCUCAUCUCAACCGCGUACAAGAGGAAUUACAGGACGCACGUGGUCUCAUGGCCGCCAAGAUCGUCAGAGAUAAGCUCAGACUCGAUGAAUUCCUCAGAAAGACCGAAAACAGGUUCAAGAUUUUCGAACCAGGAGAAGAUUGCCAGAUGGAUGUCGAUCCAAAGGAAGUUGCAGAUGCAGAAAAGAGAAUCAUAGAGCUCGAAGAGAAGCUUGAACAAGUUUGCCCAAUCAAAGGAAAGAAACACAGAUCUCACGGUGGAGCAGCACCAGCAUCUCCAGCACCGAAACCAGCUGAGAAGAAACCUGUUGAAAAUAAGCAUGAAUCUGUUGCUGAAGAAUACGAACAAACUGAUGACGAAACUACUGAGGAAGAAGAGGAAGUCUACGAGUACUCUCAGAAUGAGUAA